AUGGCGGAACAUGGCAUCACAAUGUCACUCUCCUCCGACGACGACUCCUCAGACCACGACAUACCCCACACAAUCACCCCAAUAGGAGCAAGCGGCGGUUCCUCCUCUCACCGGAAUCCGCCUAUCCCCGUCGGGUACCACCUCGCGAAUGUCAUAACACCGCCGUCAAAGAAACCCCGAGGCAGGCCACCCGGUUCAAAGAACAAGCCAAAGCCACCGCUCGUGAUAACCCAAGACAACGAGCAAGCAAUGAAAGCGAUGAUCAUCGAGAUCCCCGCCGGCGCCGACGUGGUGGAGACGUUGGUCCAGUUCGCCCACCGCCGCCACGUGGGAAUAACGAUCCUAAGUGCUUCAGGUUCAGUUUCCAAUGUUACCCUUUGUCACCCUCUUUCACAUUCCCCUGCUUUCACUCUCCAUGGACCCUUCACCUUGAUGGCUCUCACUGGCACUUAUAUAAAUGCUCCUCCACCACACUCUUGGCCACAUUGUUCUUCCUUUGGUAUUUACCUCAAUGGAAAUCAGGGUCAGAUCUUCGGUGGAAUCAUUGCUGGGAAGGUUUUGGCUCACUCUGCUGUUACUUUGGUGGCUUCUGUGUUCAAGAACCCUGAGUUUCACAAGCUUGGUGGUGUCAAUGAUGGUGGAGAUGGUGAUAACAACCCUAAUGAACAAGGAGGGAAUGAUGGCAUUUCUGGUUUCCAUGUUGCAAGUCCCAACCCAAUGAAUUCCCCUGGUGAUGUCAACGCGAUGCAAAUGCAAUGGGGGGGCCAUGGUCACCCCUCCAGUCGCCCUGCUAAUUACUGA